AAUCUGUGUCCAGCGGUACUGUGAAGAGGCAAGAACCCAUUGUCGAAACGGCGAAAUUCCAAGUUUAUACAGCUGUACAAUCGUUUGCGUCUGGGUAUCAUUUCUCUUUUUUGUUCGCUUCGUUUUCCUCUGGUGCAAGGGCGCUUGCCCGAAAUCCGUACUCUCUAAAUCUGUCUAUGCAGCGACGUCAACCCGCCAAACGCGCGACCGGCAACUCGCGGAACGUGUGCUCCUGCCCGGGUGCUUCUGCAAUGCUUCCUUGCUGCGGUUUUACAGCGCUUCUCUCUGCCAUUUUGAGUCGAGUUGAGAGCCACAACUAACCCUCAAGCUCUAGAAUGUGGUUACCUAAAGAGAUUUUGUCGUCUCUCCACCUCGAUCGUCUACCAGGAACUGCCUAGGCAAAUCCGCGGACUCCGCGUUCUUCGUUUGUUGGUGGAGGUAGCCUUCACAUUUUUAGAUCUGUUUUCCCUUAGCCUACCUUUUUCUCGGAUCUUCUUGAAUCACUAGCUGGGCUGGGAACGAAAUGUUGUUUUCAUGUCGUGUUGAGUCCAAGACCUUCUUACGGGCCUAGCCAGGCUUCCCCUGGACCCGGAUGCGCAGGCUGGAAACCGAGGAGCACACCCCCGCGUUUCUCUCCGUCUCCGUCUCUCUGAAAUUUUCGGCUGAAUUCGAUUUUCGCUCUCAAAGCGACUAACUUUGUUGCAGUCCUUGGUGACUGCAAGUAUGAGGAGCGUUUUCCUUCCGCCCACCCUGUUGGCUUUUUCGCCGUUCUCCGGCCUUUCAACCCGGCCUUUUCCGGAUAGCUUCUCGCAGCCUUCCUAGCUGUACGUGAGUGCCACUUCUUCUCGCGUUUCCUCCGGGUCGUUUGCCAAUCUGUCCAAAAACGCCAUCUUGCUUGCCUUCUUCCGUGCUACACCAUUUUCAGCCUUUCCUCCCCAUUGACCUACUAUUCGUUUUCCCCUCGCGUUACCAGAUCUCGUGAUCCCGCACGCAGAAUCCAACCUCUCGCCCGCCCCCCCCCCGUCUGCAUGAUGACGACUCCGCGGUCAAUGGAGGUCGAGAGCAGCUCGGCGGCGGCUUCGCCUCAAAGGAGCCUCGCAGGUUCUGAAGAGAAGCCUUCGUCGGGUUCUGUGCCCUCUGCCCGUGACGCUUCGCCGCCUCACACCGCGAACUCCUCAGCGCGUUCAGAGUACAUGACGAGGCCUCGGCAAGAGGGUGAAGGGUCGUCUCCGACGCCAAAAUCUUCGCUUUCAGUGGCGAAAGCUGGGAGGCCGUUGAAUUCUCAAACCGCCUCCUCGACACGCUCGCCACCAGGCUCUACGCGUCAAGGCUUGUCGGCUUUCGGCGGGAGAGGCACACCCGCUCCAACAUCUGCAGAGAGGGCCGUUGGGGUAGGGGGCCUUAGGCAAGACUCGGAGCUCUCUCGAGCGAACAGCUCCGCGGGCUCUCGCACUAUGAGGCCAGGCGUCUUCAGUCGGGUGCAUGCGCCCCCUGCACCGCACUCGAUUGAAGUCCGGGGGAACCUAGUUGUGCAGAAUGUCUCGAGUGUCGAGGAGGUGCUGGCUUUGCUUGAAGAUGAGAACUCGCCCUUUUCGCUCCAACUGCAAGACGUGGAACUCCGCGUCGGCCCGAACCAAGUCGCGGGCCUCGGCGCCGCAAUCCCUGACUUGCGCGAGCACCUCCGGGCUCUCCAGAGAGAACAAGAUGAGUCGCAUGCUCUGGGGCGGACGAGAGAGACAGCUGGGACCUCGCGUUCCGCUUCCCUGAGAACCAACGUCGUUCUCCGAGGAGUCGUGGAAGGACGAAGAAACCUCGGAAGUCGGGCGCCACAAGUCGCGGCCAGGGGCCCGCGCGCCCCUAUCGCUGGAGCCUUAAGGCCCGCAACCUCACUGGCCUCGGUCCCCGCUCGGCGUCUUCCCUCUGGGCCUCCACCCUCGUCCUCAGCCGUGCUACCUUCGGCGACAGAAGUCCGAGCUGCUCGAGCCCGAGCUGCAGUCGCGACGGCGUCGGGAGCCCAGAGGCCCGCAGAGGCAAACGAAGCUUUGCAUGCACAGGAACAGUCGCAGUCUCUCAUGGCGAGGCUCUCCGAGGUGCAGGAAGAGGUUAAAUCGCUUCUUGCUAACGAAGGCGUGGUGCCGGCUGCUGACGCCACAAAGGGCAAAGGAGACGGAAAGGGGAGAGAAGGUGAGGGCGACAAAAAAGGAGACUUUGGAGGGAAAGGCAGAUUUCAAGGCAGUGACAAAGGAAUCCCGGAAAGCGGCAGUGCGAAGGAUUUUAGCGCAAGCAGCAACGGCGCCAGCCGGGCGGCCAGUAGCAGCUCCAAGCCAGCGAGCUCCCACCCUGGAAAUCAUGGAGAGGCACAAGAAACAACGUCGGACGGAGAUCUCAACCCGGCAGAGAAAGGAAAAUCAGGGAAAGGAAGCGAGGAGAGAGAGAACGCAGAGAAGGACGAAAAGGAGAGGGACGCGACAGAAAGGAUGGAGCAAGAGAAAGAAGUGAAGGAAAAGAUAGAGAAGAACGAGGCAGAGAAGGAGAUUGAGGAGACGGUGAAGCCCGGUGGGGUGGCGGAGGGAGCAGGGAAGAAAGAUAACGGAAAACAGGAAGGCCAAGAAGAGCCAGCGAGAUCUGGCAUUAAAGCAACAAUCGAAGGUGUGUUCCGUCAAGUACCCUCGUCUGAAAACAUUGAUGAAAUGGCACAGCAGGGAGAAGCGCCGCAGGUUGAAGGUGAAUCGAUACAAGCAGAAUCUAAAAAAUCAGAAAACGCAGAAGAUGGAAAGAAAGAAGACACACAGAAUGACGAGACACCGAAAGAAGAGACACCGAAAGAAGACACACCGGAAGAAGAGACACCGAAGGAGACGUCGAACGAGGAGGCACCGAAAGAAGAGGUAUCGAGUAGUUGGUUUUGGUGACAGACAGAAUAGCGAAGGCCGAAUGCGAGAACGAUGCAGCUACCGACACGCCGACUCGUCACCUAGUCGAGAACGGAUCGUUCCGUAGGCUUCACAUUCAAAAACGAGACCACACGAUUUCUGGUGAGAUUAUUUCAGUUGUUUCCGAGUCCAUUAGCAUCCGUGCGGAAGAUUCAACACUGUGUAUUGCAUUCUUUUUCUUAACAGUUUCGCCGCCUGUUGAGCAAUCGCUUGAGACAUAAUGCAGAACGGACAACGUAUUUUGUGUUCGGAAUGUCUGUCACUAAACAAAGCGUUAAGGUGGUCUCCACAACGACAGACAAACGUGUUUUUUGUGCACUCGGUGGAUCGACUUCCUCUUUUUUGUCUCUCGCCGACGGCACUGCUUCCGAGAUCGUAGGGGCGGCGGUUGUCUUCUUUUGGGCUUCGAGUUGAGAAACAAGGCAUAGAGUGGAAGAGGGCGUCUCGUCGGACACGUGGUAACGCCUGUCGCGUUGUGGCCGUUUGUCUCUGCCAUCUCCAAAUCUCUGUUUGUCAGUGCUUUAUGGACCGCUUGCCCCCCGCCAAAUGCCUGUUAAUCCUCGUCUGUGGAGUGUGUCAUUCACUGUUUUUUAUUCCGGUAGCGGUUGCAUGCGGUGUUCGCAACGCCCUUCCUCAGGGUACUUACCUGUUGGCUGCGAGGCGCACUUUCCAUACGUAUCUCUGCAUGUUAGUGUCUGUUAUGCCGUUAAAUCUCGGACCCACACCCUGGGCAAUGAUAGAGAUCGCAUCUUGCCAGGAUCACAUAGGCCAUGUGCACGCGAACCUCAGCGUGUAGACAUGUAUCUAUCUAUGACCUUGGCUGCAUAUAUAUAUAUAUAUAUAUAUAUGUACGAAGGUUUCUGGAUUUACAUAUAUAUGCAAAGAUAGGUAGGUUGCGUGGCACGGUAUCGACCUGCUGCGGCGAGAGUGUGAAGCGAAAUUUUGUAUUCCUCAUUUUCUGAGGAAAGCUGUUUGCCUGGCAUCUUUUGUGCCAGUGGAUUAAGUUUCGCUUUACGAUUCCGAGCGAGUUCAGGCUGGACAAGAGUGUUUUUCUAUUCUAUGCAGUCAAUAACGGGGUGGGCAAACAAAAGAAAAAGGUAGACGCGGGAAGUGCUUUGGGAGCGUUGCGGGACUGUGACUUCGUGUGUGUACCAUUUCUUGCUUUCCGUCGCAUGCAUUUCGCUCUUCUGUCUCAUUGCAUUGAGGCUUCGAAACAAAACGUAUUUUGCAGUUUAUUACCGUCCAUAUGUUGACGUUGAAAGGGACAUCUCGCCGCCUUACCCCUUUGUAUCACCAGUUUGGCACCUUUACCGCCUUUCAAACGUACAUUCCCCUAUUCUUUUUAAGGGAAAUCACCUACAUCGCAUCCUACGGCGCCAGGAGGCUUCCACGGAUAGUCCUCACGAAACCGUUUUGAGACGAACAUGCACAUACACGAGUGAGAAAAUACGAUAUACGUGCUAGCUUUACUCGCUGGACACAUCGAGGGGAAGAGACAGCUCAACGAAGAAGCGGAGUCGGUACCUCAUAAAUAACGACGAGCACGGAUGAAGCGGAACCUUCCCUCUUGUUUCCUGUUUUUAAUAAAAGUACGAGGGAGGAAUGUCGGGCGUUUGUCCUCCAUAUACUUUCCCGUAGUUGCUUGCUGAGUUCCUCGGCUUACGCUGGGCGCACUGA